AUGCUUAUAGUAGGAAUGACAUGGAGUGGUAAAACCCAGUUUCUCCUUGACAUGCUAGAAACAGAGUACAAUAGAGUUUUCGACUACAUUAUCAUUGUAUGCCCAACAAUAGAGUGGAAUACAACUUAUCUCAAUUGGAGACACCUUAGUGAUCACGGGGUUAUUCAAAUUCCUUGUUCACAAGAGAUGAUCAAUCAUGUUCUCAAGGCAGUGUCCACAAUAUUCCGCGGAACCAAUGCUCUCAUCAUAGUGGACGAUUGUGCUGCAAGUCAAGAUGUAAAGAAAAGAGUCUCCGAACUGGUGCGCUUAGCAUUCUCCGCAAGACAUUACAACCCAGCCUAGUUCCUGGCCUUCUCGCUUCCGCCUCGUUAUUUUAGGGGGAAAUCGCUAAGGUUUGCAGGUUGACCGGGAUAAAGCUGUAUUAUUUGGAUACUGGGGAGAGGCGAGAAGCGAGAAGGCCUAGCAAAAUUCGCAAACUGUCCUGAUUUGUCCUUCGCGUUGGGAGUGGGCUCUAGUUUACUUCGAUAAUUUUUUGUUAAAUUUUUAAUAUAAAUUUGUGAGUAUUUUACAGACUUUACAGUAAAAAUUGUAUUAAAGAAGCAUUUUGAUGGAAAAUUACAGGUGCUAUUGCCUUAUGUAAUGUUGGGAAGGUGUAAUUUGCAAGUUCUAAGCCAAGGAGUCAACAGUGAACAGUUUGGUGUAUAUUUGUUCGUGAUUUUUGACUUGGUAUUUUUACCUCAAAUAUAAUAAUAUAAUAAUUAUUAUGUAUUGUCGAAUUUUCUAAAGGAAUUCUUAUGCAAAAUGUACGUACAAUAUGAUAUUCCACGUAUAUAUUUAUUAAAUUGGAUCUGUGAUUGGAUCAGCUGCUAUUCUACCAGUGUCGCUCGUGUAAAAUGAAUUGAAAGAAUCAAAUUAUGUGGACUUGUAACUUGGUCAAUAUCGCGUAGUUGUUUAUAUUUUCACAGAAGUUGACUGUCUCAUUGUAUGAACUGUUGUCACUAGUUAGUAUUCAAAUUGCUAAAUGUUUAUUAUAUAUAUUUUGUUCAUAUUUUUGUUGUUGGAAAGAUGCCAUUAAUGGAAAGUGUAAAUAUCUAUAUUAUGCCCCUUGCACUUAUAAUUCACUUUCCUCUGCUUCCCAUGAGGUUGACAGAACAAAAUAUUGACAAAGCCCUUGGGUACAGGGUAAAGUUUAAAGACAAAAAUCAUAUUACAGUACAGUACAAAAUCGUACUGUAUAGCAGAAAGGUGAACAAUUAAAUAACCACUAUUAUCUGAAUGUUGAUAUCCUUUUGGUUUAUCCUGGGGGUAAACUGUGCCUGUUUAAUAGGGGCAUUUAUAAUUUACUUACAGGAGGGGGAGGGCCAUGACAGUUUUUAGAUUUAAAUUUUCUGGAGCCCCCCCCCUCCACUUUUGUUGAUCACAUUCGUUGCCCCCCCCCCCCGCCAUAUAAUUGUAAACAACAGAUGGUGAAUUGUCGACUCCUUGUCUCCCCCUUCAAAAAAUCUAUUGACCUUUAAUUAGUAUUGGUUUCUUAUCAAUAUGAAUAAUAAAUUCUGACAUGCAUUAUAAUGUCAAAUAUUCUUGACCAUUGAAAUUCCAUAUCUAUUAAUAACAACUUCAGUCAUAAAUCCUUAGAAUAUGAAAGGUUUGCAACUUUGCAUGGCAACAAACUAAGGGAAAGUUUUUGUUGAAAGUUCCCUGCCUAAUAUUCAGGUAAUUUUCGAUAGUCCCUAAAUUGUGACCCCUCUCAAAAUCACCAUUGCCCCCCCCCCCUCCUAGGUAAAUUACAAAUGCUCCCUCGUCAAAAUGGCAACAAUUUCCCUACAUGGAGGGACAUUAUUUUUGUACAAAAAGUAACAAAUCCCCCCUCCUGGUGAUCAACCCCUGGGGAUGCCGAUGAUUAGUGCAGUUGAUUUGUAAACAAGACAUUUAUUUACCCCAAUAAAGUUAUGCAAAAAAAUAAUGUACUGUAUGUACAAGACACUAUUUCAAUGCCUUAACCUCGGCCUUUCCAUUCAGGUUCUUUCCCACUCAGGCAAUAUAUUUUGAUAGAAAACAUUGAUUUGUCUUCUAAGGGCAACAUAUUUGCAAGCAAGGUCUUGUUUUUUUAUAGACAGGGAUAAAUUUUCCCCUCAUGUGAUGCCCCCUCCCCCCUUGUGACACUCUGCAGCUUCUGAUCAAACACCCUUCUAUCCCCACAAGCAUUAUGUAUUUUGGGAAUGGCCCCAUAUCACAUAUGGAAUAAAUUUGUUUUCAGUUUACUAGCAAUAGAGUAUAUGAGAAUCCAAAAUCAUGGAUUUGAAAGGAAGUAGUAUUUUAAUUAAAGAUUGAGGUUUUAAUUACGCCAAACACAUUGGCGAGUGCCGACGUGUAUUUUAAUCGCUCAGUUCAAUGGAUCCAACAACUACACUUAGUAUUUGGUCCGAUUAUUUCUGUUUAAAAAAGAACAAACUAAAAUGGUCAAGUACAUUAGCAGACUUAAAAACGUUACUACAUGAUGAAAUAGACGAAGAAACGGCAGCACAUUCAAGCUAGCGAUCACCUAGCGGGGGAACCUGGGUUUUUGAAAGCAACCAACUAAAAUUAACGUGGCAUAGUAAAAGUGAGAACAUCAGCUUUGAAGGAGCCAGUGGCAAGGAUUUAGCUGAACGAAUUACUUCACUAUUAACAAGGGCUGAUGAUGAACGAGUGAAGACAAGUCCUGUCGAAGCCGAUCCGGUGAAAUCGAUUGAAAACAACGAAGGCUGUGAAACCGAGCAUAGCGAAGUCAUUGAUGUAAAUGAGUCUAGGAAGUCGAUUGAAAUCAACGAAGCCGAACCGGCCAAAUCGAUUCAAGUAAACGAAGGCUGCGAAACCGAGCAUAGCGAAGUCAUUGGUGUAAAUGAGUCAAGGGAGUCAAAUGGAGCAAGUAAUUGUAAUCAUGCGGAGUGUCAAUGCCCAGAAAUUGUUGCUGAACUUAAAGGUAUGAAGCAUGAAAUCGCUAUUCUACAGUCUCUUAUCCAAUCAAUUGCUAUUAGCAAUUAAAUACCUGACAAUGGUAGUGUGAUUUCCAGGCUAGAAGCUGAGCACCAAUCUGUUAUUGAUGAUAUGAAACUUAAAGCAGCUAUGCAAGUUGCUGACAUAAAAAGCGAAAUUGGUAAGCUUAGUGCUGAGCAUCAAUCUGUAAUUAAAGAUCAAAAUCUUAAGUAUGCAAUUCUGGAACAGAGAUGGUUAAAAGCAGAAGAGGAGAAAGACUCUUUGCGUUCGGUCCUUAAAUUGUUGUUCAGGAGAAAGACAGGGUAA